ACUCGACGAAUCGAUGUAAUAAUCGCCAUGUGCGCGCGCCGCGCUGGUUGAGCAACGCGACGCGUGGCUGGCUCAGAGCAUCAUUGUGCGGGAACGGCUGUGCCUGAAGAUGCUGUCUAUCCUCUCCUUCAGUAUGAACGCUGCUUUUCUUCUGCUGUGCGUGAGUGUGUGCGGGCAGUGCGGGAAGAUGAAGCUCGGCGUCAGGAGAACAUCUGGACAACAUCACAAUCACGGAACUCCGCUUUUCAAGAAGACGUUGGAUGAAACCAAGACGCAUCCGCUGAGAUCAGACCAUCUGCUGCGUGUUGAUGAUCAUGACUUCACUAUGAGACCCGAAUUUGCAGGUCCAGCAGUGCCAGUGGGUGUGGAUGUACAGGUGGAGAGUUUGGACAGCAUCUCAGAAGUAGAUAUGGACUUCACCAUGACCCUGUACCUGAGACACUACUGGAAGGACGAGCGACUAUCUUUUCCCAGUAAAACCAAUAAAAGCAUGACUUUUGAUGGUCGAUUGGUGAAAAAAAUCUGGGUUCCUGACGUGUUCUUUGUCCAUUCCAAACGAUCCUUCAUCCACGACACCACCACGGAGAACAUCAUGAUCAGGGUGUACCCCGACGGACACGUGCUCUACAGCCUCAGGGUGACUGUAACUUCAGCGUGUAAUAUGGACUUCAGCCGGUUCCCGUUGGACACGCAGACCUGCACGUUAGAGCUGGAGAGCUAUGCCUACACUGAUGAAGACCUGAUGCUCUACUGGAAGAGUGGAGAUGAAUCUCUGAGCACGGAUGACAAGAUCUCCCUGUCUCAGUUCCUCAUUCAGAAGUUUCACACCACCUCCAGACUGGCCUUCUACAGCAGCACAGGUUGGUACAAUCGUCUGUACAUCAACUUCACUCUGCGUCGUCAUAUCUUCUUCUUCCUGCUUCAGACGUACUUUCCCGCCACUCUGAUGGUCAUGCUGUCAUGGGUGUCCUUCUGGAUCGACCGACGAGCCGUUCCUGCCAGAGUCUCGUUAGGCAUUACGACGGUGCUCACCAUGUCCACCAUCAUCACUGGGGUGAACGCCUCCAUGCCCAGAGUCUCCUACAUCAAAGCCGUGGACAUCUACCUGUGGGUCAGCUUCGUCUUCGUCUUUUUAUCGGUACUUGAGUAUGCUGCCGUAAACUACUUGACCACAGUGCAUGAUGGGAAGGAUCGCAAGUUAAGAGAGAAGCCUUUACCUCACACAAGGACUAUGCUGCUCGAUGACGCGUACGGUAAGUCUGAUGUCAAUGGCCUGGCAGGAUAUACCCAAGAUCCCGUCUCCUCUGGGGAUAAACAGGAACACAUGGUGGUGUGCCUGUCUUUGGCAAAUGAGGCCACAGCAGCCAAAAAGAAGACCCUCAGAGGCUUCCGUAUCAUCCAAAACACUCACGCCAUUGAUGCCUACUCUCGCAUGAUCUUCCCCGGGGCCUUUAUAUUCUUCAAUCUCAUCUAUUGGUCUGUGUACUGCUGAGUUGCCUUGAGUUGGAUUGUUGUUGUGGCAUAUUUUACUGCUAGUAUAUUAACAAAAGUAAAAGAAAAUAGUUUUUUGCCAUUGAUUGAAAGUAAAAAGACAACAUGAUAUGAUCCAGGCCGGAUUCAAAUCCUGGCAUUGAUCUUGAGGACAUGUGCAAGCAGAUAUCGGAUGUAGGGUACAACAGGGCUAAGGAUGCACUGGAGUUAAAGGAGAUUACAGAGCCGCUGCACCAUACAGUCUCAGCCCGACGAUUGCUGAAUCCGCCCCAUCACUAACCCUAUAAUCUCCACACUAGCUUCCGGUCUGGCUAUCCUCUAAACCACUAGAUGGUACUACAAAUCACCACUGCACUUUCCUACACACCCACAGCAUGGUUUCUAGACACCAUCACAGUCAGCAAAGCUUAUUCUGCGCUAAUGUGAUCUAAUAUUGAAUGUGUUCUUUUUAUUUAUAGAUUUAUAUAGCAAAUUGAUCAUCUUUACAAUUGGUAAAUGUAUUUUAAAUUAAGAUCGUGCUAAUAAUGUUUGGUUAUUGGUGUUUCAAUAACUGAAGAAUGUGAGGCAAUAGUUCCACAUUGUACAUUUAUACGAUUUUUAAACAAAACAACCCACUUUUAUGAUUUAUUUUCUUACAAAAUGUGUUGCUACAUCAAUGUUCAAUUUUUGUUUUGUUUGUGUGUGUGUGUGUGUGUGUGUUAGCAAUCUUACACUAUACAGGGACAGGCAGUCAUGGCCUAAUGGUUAGAGAGUUGGAAUUGUAACCCGAAACAGACUGAUCUCAUGAAGUGGCGUAUGUAUGACGCGGCAAUUCGUAUUUCCAUUUUUGGCGUGCUA